CCAAAUCCACACACACGCAUAUAUAAAGCCACCAUUCUUCCCCUUAGUUUCAACUAUAUAUAAUUCCUCUCGUUUUUUAACCCAUGAUUUGCUCUUAAUUUACACUUCUGCCAUUCUAUGUUAUGGUUGCUGUUGUUAACUGCAAAUUUCAGAGCCUGAGCUCCGCUUCUGCCACCGGUUUCCCCCGACUCCGCUUCUUCCGCUAUCGCCGUCUCCGGUGAUGGAAAAUUUAUAUUGUGCGUAGAAAAGCGAAAACACAUUUGAUUUCGUGGUGUAUGUAGAUUAAUAUACGUGUAGAUACGAAAAUUAUACCGAUGUCGACGAGGAAGAGCAGCCCGAAGAGACAGGGGAAGAACAAGAAGGAGAGAUUAGCGGAGAAAUCGAUGUCGUUUCACGGUCGUCUGGCUGAAGAUAUGGUUGUGAAGUUGAUUAGACCGAGGACGGUGCCGAAUUUGGUUACCGGUAGGGUUGCGGUUACGACGGAGACGAUGCCGCUUCCGAAACUGACGAAGUUAUUGCUUAACGUGACGGUUCAGAGAAGCUUAGGUCCCGUUCAGGUCUUGAUAUCGCCAGAAUCGACGGUUGGUGACCUUAUCGCCGCCGCUCUACGGCAAUACUCCAAGGAAGGCAGGCGGCCGAUCUUACCGUCUCUAGACCCUUCCGGAUUCCAUCUCCACUACUCGCAGUUCAGUUUAGAAAGUUUAGCACCAGAAGAGACGUUGAAUGAAUUAGGUUCACGGAAUUUCUUUCUGUGUCCUAAGCAAGCGUCCAGCAUCGCCGGAAAUAAUGGUGGCCAUGGUGAAAUCGGAGUUGGUUACGGUGGGAUGACUACAUCAACGCCACCAUCAUCAAGCUGCUCGAAUGAAGCGGAUAAAGUGACGAAAGGUGGAGCAGGUUGGCUAAGAUUCAUGGAAUUCAUGCUGUGAGAUUUGAUCCUAUUGAUUUCUAUACUAUCUGUUAGUUUCCAAUUAGUUGGUAUUCAAAAGAAUCUCUUGUUUCAAUCUGUUAAUUUGUUCACCCUUAUUUCAGAAUUUCAUCAAAAUAAAGAUUGAUUGAUGAUUAGGUUUGAAAUUAUUGUACAGUGGUGGAUUAGCUUGUAAUUGUAUGAGUAUAUAAUCUCAAAGUAUUAGCUUAAAUAUC